UGGUCACAUUUCAUGGUGACGAUUACGGAAGUACGUCGAUAACUAAUGUUGACACGAUGAUCGCAGACCUGUUGUUAUUUGGGACCUUGUUGAUCAAUGCAGGAGCUGUGCUUAAUUUCAAGCUCAAAAGGAAAGAAUCACACGGUUUCGGAGAUGAUUCCGGAGCUCCAACAACUGGUGACAACAUUCGCGAGUUCCUUCUCAGCCUGCGAUACUUUCGCAUCUUCAUAGCAUUGUGGAACAUCUUCAUCAUGUUCUGCAUGAUUCUAUUGUUUGGGUCAUGAACAACAAUGGCCGUAGUUGGACUACCACCAGGGGACUGAUUUUUCAAGAUGGAUGCUCAAAAUCACCUCUAAUGAUUUUUUUUUUUUAAAUACUUCCUUAUUUUCCUAGCCACCAUUCAACUGUAAAACUUUAUGGAAAUUUAUAAAUAGCUGUAUUUAUUUUAUCCUACACAUCUAGAGGGACUGACACUUUAAUCAGUUUGUUAUUGGGUUCUAUUGUGUCUCAUGUUAGUCUGAAACCGUUAUUGCAUGUAAAAAAUUUUGGACUUAUUUCAUCCCAACUUUUCUGUCUUGUUCCAACUGAAUUUCAUUCAAAUUUGGUAAAACUACUUCUUAGCGUUAUACAUGAAUCUUUACUUAUUUUCUUGACACUCUGAAAUAUAGGUAAAAUGCUCAUUUCUUCACAAUCUAGAUAAAAAAUGGACAGUUUGACAAAUACACUCACACAUUAGAUUUUUAGAUCUUUUGCUUAAUGAUGCAUUGUGUUAAGCCUGAGAGAGGACAAGUGUAUGUUAAUUUUUUACUCCCAUGAGCAUGUACUGUAAGUUAAUGUUGCUGCAAUGUAAAUGUUUCAGAAUAAAAAAUGGUAAAUUGA